AUGCCAAGAAAUGGUCUUGAAUAUAGGGAAGGAGUAAAUAAUUUCAUACAAUCUUCACUUAAUACUUCAGCCUUUAAUGGGAGAAUUAAAUGUCCAUAUAAGAGAUGUGAUGUCACUGUGUAUCUUGAUCCUAAAGAUGUUCGUGAGCAUUUAUUUUGUGUGGGUUUUGAUAAAAAUUAUGCUAAUAGUAUUUGGGUAUUUCAUGGGGAAGAACCUUCACCAUCUAGAGUCGAGGAUGAAGUUUUAAGUGAUGAGGAGUCUAAUGAUGGGGCUGAUGAUAUGUAUAGAUUACUUCAUGAUGCUUUUGGAUUUCCUAGUUCAAAAAAUAACCUAGAUGACUUUCCACAAGUUGGUGAGGGAGAGAUGAAUUUAGAAGUUCAAAAGUUUCACCAGCUUAUGCAAGAUGCUAAAACAGAAUCAUAUCCUGGUUGUGAUAAAUUCACAAAUUUGUCAUUCAUUCUUCGACUUCAUCAAAUGAAAUGUUUGUAUCGAUGGAGUGAUACAUCAGUCAAUCAUAUGCUGCAAUUAUUAAAUGAUGUUCUUCCUAAUAGAUCAAACUUGCCAAAAAAUUUAUACCAAAUGAAGAAGAUCAUGGCUGAUUUAGGUUUAGGAUAUACUAAAAUUGAUGCAUGCCCUAAUGAUUGCAUGUUAUACUGGAAAGAGAAAGUUAAUGAUGAAAAAUGCACUGUAUGUGAUGUAUCAAGAUGGAAAGAUCCAUUAAUUGGAAAGAAAAGUGGUCCAACAAAUGUGCUUCGACAUUUUCCACUAAUCCCACGUUUGAAACGUCUUUUUAUGUCACGUAAAACAUCUAAGUUAUGA